AUCCCGACUUCAUUCACCCCGGAGAUCAUAGGGCCGCUGGGAGCCGACAUCAAACUCCUCUGAGUUGCAGAGCGGAGUUCAUGUUCUUGCUUCGUUUGGUCAAACCUUUCCUUUUUCUUUUCCUUCUUGUUUUGAAGACAGAACUAAUCAACUCCGGAUUGGUUUCAGUUUGAAGGCUUUAAUUGCGUUUUAUGAUUCGCCCACCUAAAGUGCCAUGUCAGUCACAGAUGUGUGAUUUUUGAAUGGAUCAUACUGAGGAUAAACUGAUGGAUCUACUUGACGCGUAACUGUAGGACGAGUUCCCAUACUUCCAUCUGCACCUGUUCUUUCCUUCGAUUCCAGCACGAAGAGCAGAUGGACUACUCUGCUAGUUGUAAUUGUUUGAUGUGCCUCACACUACAGGAAAGAUGGCUGUGCAACACUGAUAUUUUUAAUUUUUUAAACGUACCUUUACGGUAAUUUUGGCGUUGAAAAAAAAAUACGCUUGCUUCUCUACUUUUAAUUUCAUUCAGAAUUUUACUGGUAUUUUUUAAAUUUUGUAAGCUCUUUCACCAAAGACGUGGAGGUGGACUUUCUUUCCAAGGGAUGGUUUUGGGCUCCCGAGACCAGGGAGCGACAGCCCGGCUCCUGCAGUGGACUUUCGCCCCAUCCUGGUGCCUAUGCAGUGGACCUGAGAGGAGAUGAGAGCCUCGGUCUGCCACCUCCUCGUCGGCUAUCUCUGCCUGUUGUGCACGGCUGCUGAGGAGUCUCCACUCCCCCGGGAGCUGCUGGAGCGACUCUCCCGCAGCGAGAUCCGCAGCAUCAGCGACCUCCAGCGGCUGCUAGAGAUAGACUCCGUAGAGAACGAGGUAACAGAGGAGACCAAACACAGCUACCACAAGGACUUCUCUCACAGCUUCCCCGACCCGAAGAGAGCUCUCAGCAGACACAGGAGGAGCACUGUGGUGGAGGAAGCCUUGCCAGUGGUGUGCAAAGUGCGAACAACAAUUUAUGAAAUCCCCAGGAGCCUGGUGGACUCCACUUCGGCCAACUUCAUCAUCUGGCCUCCCUGCGUGGAGGUCAAACGUUGCACCGGCUGCUGCAACACCAGCAACAUGAGGUGCCAGGCGGCUCGCAAACAGCACCGCACCGUCAAGGUGGCCAAGGUGGAGUACGUGCGACGGCGGCCCAAGCUGAGGGAGGUGCAGGUGAGGCUGGAGGAUCACUUAGAGUGCAUGUGCACCAACAAACGCCACGGCAGCCCCAGCUCCGACACAGACAAUGGCAUCAGGUGAAGAGCGACAGACAGGCAGACAGGCGAGGGAGUGGAGGAAAUAAAGAGGCAGAUGUCCUGAAAACAACAACAACAACAAAAAAGAAUGAGCAACUUCUUAACCUCCUGCAUCAAAUAUCAGUGAAAGGUUUGAUGGAUUUUUGUCGUGUGACCUUUGGGAAGUUUGACAGAGGAUAACAGACUUGUCGUGGACCUCAACUGUACUUUGAGAUGUUUGCUAAAAAAGCAAACCAUCAGACUUCCAGACACUGACAUGAAACUUAAAUAGGCCGAUAAAUACUCGAAGGAGAAAGGACGAGAUGUGUUUGAUGAAAAUGCAGAAUACUGAGGAAUUGAGGUGGACUCUAGGAUCUCGAAGGACUCACUGUCUGUACCUCGCUCCUUCUAAACGGCUCAGCGUCACGGAUUAUAAACUGGGUGGAAUCCUUUCUAGAAACAGCGACUGGGAUUAGGCAUUUGUACUCCCAAGAUUUACUCUUCCUCAGCGAAACACUCACUCACAUACACGUAUAUCCUCUUAUUUUUUAUAACCUCUCGUUUUCUAUCGCCUUCUGUUUCUAUUACUGGUAUGUUAUCCACAUAAAGAAUGGGAGGGGGAACAAAAAGAUCCUCCUGACAUGUUACUGAUACUAAUAAAAUAUUUAUAUGAAAACAAAA